AUGGCGACCGGACGCGGUCGGAUCCUGCAGCAGCACUUGCCGGGCCUCCAGCCUCUGGGCUGGCCUCUCCGCGGCGGCGGCGCGGGGCGAGGGAGCGCGGGCCCGGCUGUGGGGCGCGCCGGGGCCUCCCGCUUCAGAAUGCCUUCAGAAAUUUUGCUGAAGAUAUUUUCCUACUUGGAUGCUGUGAGCCUGCUGUGUACCGGAUGUGUGAACAGACGCCUUUAUCAUCUGGCCAAUGACAAUUUUAUUUGGAUCAGAAUCUACUCAGCUUCAUUUCCACCUAAAAGGUCUAAUUGGAAAUUUAACUCCAUAGAGGAAACAGCGGUGUCUCUGAGUGCACUGUCAGUUGAGGAUAAAGAAGCUGGAUAUUGGAAGACGGAAUAUAUUGCAAGACAAAUGGCGUCUGUAAAAGCCACACUAGCUCAGGUUCUCAAACCUGUCAACCCUUACACAGGCCUUCCUGUGAAGACCAGAGAGGCCCUCAGAAAAUCUGGUUUAGGUUGGGCAAUUAUAUUGAAAGAGAAAAAUGGAAAAGAGUAUGUCAUGAAGCAUGCUGAUCUUUCCAUAAAUGACACCUCAGUGACCGUGGUGUGGUAUGGCAAAAGUUGGCCCUGUCUAGCGUCAUUGUCAACCUUAGAGUUGUAUGGUCUGACACCAGUUUUUAUGGACUGGUGUAAACCCCCCACCAGAGAUAGACCUCGAUGGCACUCCCUGAUUACAAAGUACCACCUGAGCCAUUUAACUGAAUCCAACCUGAUUGGCUGCGACAGACUUGUCCGGGUCUUCUGCCUACACCCCGGCCUUCUGGUGGGGCUGUGGAAGAAGGAGGAAGAGCUGGCUUUUGUUAUGGCAAAUCUUCAUUUCCAUCACCUUGUGGAGAGGAGCACAUUAGGCUCGGCUUCUGUCCCCUUCGAGCCGCCUGCUCACAGCCCCUACCUGGACGACAGCCCUGAGUGUGGCCUGCACGGCUACCAGCUCCACGUCGACUUGCACAGCGGAGGGGUUUUCUUCCUCUGUGGCACAUUCCACAACCUCUUCAUCAAGAAAGGAAUCAUUGAAAAUGGAUAUGUGAAGCUCAUUAUCAUAAAUUUUAAAAAUGACAGAGAACACUUACCUCUCAUUGGAAAAGUUGGCUUCUCCUGGAGAACUGAUGUUUUUGAUGGCUGUAUAAAGAGCUGUUUCAUAAUGGACAUAACUCUCUUGGAUGAAUAUGGGAGGCCCUUUUGGUGUUUCAGUUCCCCAGUCUGCAUGAGACCUACCACACCCUCUGACGGCCCCAGUUUCCUGGGACAGACGUACCAUGUGGAAUACGUGGACACGGAAGGACAGGUGCAUGUGGAGCUGGUGUGGAUAGAGGAGACGGAAGAGUUCUUUGUCGUCAGCCUGGUCCUUUACCUGAGCAUAGGAAAAAUAAACCACUGGUUUGGGACAAAAUACUGA